CCGAGCCCGCCUCUUGCACGAUUUAUCCCCGCUAUCGAGCUGUCCAUCAUGGUGCCCAAGGCCUUCGAAGCCGGCUAUUCGCACACAUCGGGCUUCCGGAAGGUCGUCAAAGCCACCAUUCUCGUGAAGAAGAAAGAGGGCAUGUCAGACGAGGACUUCAUUGAGUACUACAACAACCAUCAUGCGCAAAAGGCCGUACCGAUACUGCAGCGUCACGGGAUCAUAAGCUAUAGCCUUACGUACCACUUGGGCCGCGACCGCAGACUCAUCCAGGAUAUCAUGCACAACAACGCGAAAUUGCUACAAUAUGACGCCAUUUGCACCUUUGUGUUUCCCGACUACCUGGCUUUAGCCAAGUUCCUUUACGACAAGGAGGGCGCAGCGCUAAACAGCGACCACGAGAACUUCAUGGACGACUCCCAGAUGAAAAUGAUGGUCGGAGACGAAUUCAUGUUGAUCGAGAACGGGGAGAAGGUGGGCUGAGUCCCUGGUGCAGGGUGCCGAAUGACCUCUCCCCUCGGAUGGGUAUCUUCUAUUGUAUACCUCUGCUCUCCAGCAAUUCAUAGCAUG